AUGGGGACGUUCCUCCACGUGGCUCACAGCUCCUCACUGGACGAUGUUGACACCAAGAUCCUGGAGGCCAAGAACGCCCUAUCAGAAGUCACGGCCUGCCUACGGGAGCGUCUCCAUCGCUGGCAACAGAUAGAGCGUCUGUGUGGUUUCCCUCUCCUCAGGAACUCUGGCCUGGCCAGCCUGACAGCCACGCUGUAUUCAGACUCUAACUGGGUGGCGAUGCCCCGGGUGUCUGUACCCACUUUCCCUUCCUGUCAUGAAACAAUACAAGGCUCUCUGGAGGAUCUGAUGGAAGACCCCUCAGCAUCCAUAGGUAGGUUAUAG